GAUCAUGUCAACAAGCUGUGAAGGUGUCCGGAGUUCAAUUUGUUCUGCGAGCUAAACACUGAAGUUACAAAGUUCACUGCAUGCAGUAAAAAGUGCAAUUGAUUGUGUGACACUAUGGCUAAAUAUUCUCAUAUUUCGGGAACGACUGUCGGCUUGAUUACGCUUCAAAAUCCUCCUGUAAAUGCACUAAGCGCAGCAGUACGUCAGGGCAUUGUGGACACAGUUAAGAGGGCCCUUGGUGACGCAGAGGCGAAAUCUAUUGUCAUAUGUGGUCAGAAUGGAAUCUUCUGUGGGGGGGCAGACAUCAAGGCAUUUGGGACCCCCAUGUCUGGGCCUCCACUGGUGCCUAUGAUCCAUGCUAUAGAGGCUGCAGACAAGCCUGUGAUUGCAGCCAUAGAGGGGUUCGCUCUGGGUGGAGGCCUGGAGUUGGCGCUUGGCUGUCACUAUCGAAUAGCACACAGCAAGGCCAUACUGGGGCUUCCGGAGGUGACUUUGGGUCUGCUGCCAGCUGCAGGGGGUACCCAGCGUUUGCCAAGGCUGACUGGGCUACCAGCUGCUUUGGACCUCAUCACGACUGGUCGUCAUAUCAGUGCUGCCGAAGCGCUCAAAUUGGGAAUAGUGGAUGAGGUGACUGAACGCAGCACCGUGGACACGGCUGUCAAGUUUGCGCUGAGCGUCGCAGAACACAUGCUGGAUGCUCGCCGUGUAAGCACCCGUCCGUGCCCUUGCCCUCCUCAUUUGGAUGCUCUGUUUGAGGAGGCAAUGCUGAAGGUGCGCCAGAGAACCCGUGGAGCCAUAGCGCCAGUGGCUUGCAUCCAGGCCCUGCAGGCAGCCGCCACCUUGCCCUAUGCUCGAGGUAUGGAGAGGGAAAAAGAGCUGAUGGGAACACUGUUCACCUCUGGCCAGGCCCGGGCUCUGCAGUACAGUUUUUUUGCGCAGAGAGCCGUCACCAAGUGGAGCAUGCCCAGUGGAGCUUGCUGGGACAACAGCAGACCCAGGCCCAUCCAUAAAACAGCGGUUAUUGGUCUCGGCACAAUGGGGAGAGGCAUAACAGUCUCCCUUGUUCAGGCGGGGUUUUCUGUGGUUGCUGUGGAGGCCCAGGAGAAACAACUGAAUGACUCAAAGCGGGCUAUAUCAGGUAUGCUGCAGCGGGGUGCCCAGAGACGAGGGCUGGCUCCUCCACUUGACAUGGUCACUUAUAGCUCCAGCCUCCAGGCAGUAGCGGAUGUUGACCUGGUCAUCGAAGCUGUGUUUGAGGAUGCGGUCCUGAAGAAGAAGGUCUUCCAGCAGCUGUCUGCUGUGUGUAAACCGGGCACGUUCCUGUGCACCAACACGUCCGCAAUAGACGUUGACCUCCUUGCCUCCCAGAGCCGCCAUCCAGAGCUGGUGGUCGGGAUGCAUUUCUUUGCCCCGGCACAUGUAAUGAAGCUGCUGGAAGUGGUGUACGGAUCGCGCUCCUCUCCCGAAGCUGUGGCCACCGCCAUGAAUCUGGGAAAGAAAAUGGGCAAAGUUGGCGUGGCUGUGGGUAACUGCCGUGGCUUUGUCGGGAACCGCAUGCUGAAGCCAUACAUGGAGCAAGGAUUUUUUCUGUUGGAGGAGGGAGCCACGCCUGAGUUGGUGGAUGCAGCUCUGGAGGAAUUUGGUUUUGCCAUGGGGCUCUUCAGAAUGUCUGACCUUUCUGGGAUUGAUGUGGGCUGGAGGAUUAGGAAGGAAGAUGGUCUGGUGGAGCCGGGUGCAACAGGGCCGGCAGCCAGAGUCCGACAGGGCCGCAGGUACAGUCCUCUUGGAGAUGUGCUCUGUGCACAAGGACGAUUUGGCCAGAAGACAGGUCGCGGAUGGUAUAGCUAUGACAACCGUCAUGAAGCAAGGUUUGACCCAUGGCUGCAACAGUUUUUGGAGGACUAUCGAUCUCAACAUGGCCUGGUGGCACGCCGCAUAGACCACCAGGAGGUGCUGGAACGCUGCUUGUACAGCCUAAUCAACGAGGGCUUCCUUAUCCUUGAGGAAGGAAUAGCCGCCGGACCCGAAGACAUCGAUGUAAUCUACGUGUUCGGCUAUGGCUGGCCCAAGCACCGCGGAGGUCCCAUGUUCUACGCGAGCAUGGUGGGCUUGACCAAAGUUCUGGAGAGGCUGGAGCACUACCACCAGGUUCACCCUGAUGUGCCUUACCUGCAGCCAUGUGGGCUGCUCCGUAGGCUGGUGGCCAGCGGCAGCCCACCUCUACACAAGUGGAGGGGAAUCAUCAAGAAGGCUCACAGCCAUCUUUAAAUCUGCAAGGCUUCGUCAUUUCCUCUAAAAUGGACAUUUUCAGCCUAACAACACUGAUUUCCUAUACAUUAUUCAUGUAUACUGUAAAUGUAAUAAAGUAUAUUGAUUUGCCGAUGUUUCAGAGGCAUCUACAAAUGGCUUUAUUUACUCAUAUUGUGGCAGGAGGUGCUCAUUCACUGAACUGCAGAGAAUACCAGGCUUCUAAUAGGAUUUUUUUUAGCACUUAUACAAAUGCAUUUUAUAAUCAAGUUGAAAUGAUGUAACAUAAGUGUUUUCUCCACAAAUAUAUAAUGGUAAUACUGUGUUUGUCCUGAACUUUUUCUUUUCCAAAGCCUAAUUGUUUUCCUGUGCUUUGAAAUAACGACACUUUUCUCUUUACACUGUAAAGUUCAGCUUUGCGGAUGCCAUUCCGACUGUCCAGGUGGUGUGUGUUGUGGUAAAGACGUCUACAGUAUGUGAACAUGACGGUAUCAGUCAUAGCGCAAGUAAUGGCCACCUAUGAUAUUUUUUGGGAGGUGUGAAAAGUCCGUUUCUAGUUGAAGUGUGGUGUUUAAUUAGUGGCAGCCCAGCAAUUUACUGAGGCAUGGCAUCUAUUGGCCCAAAGGCCACUAUUUGAGGAAUUGCGUUAUUUUUGUAUGAAGUUGCAAGUAGUGUCUAGUACAGGGGUGUUGGUGGUGGUUCAUUUAUUUGCCCACGGCACAUUCUAAGAAUACAAUUUAACAAGAAAACAUAAAUAACAGCAAGUAAGCAGAACUACUUCUUCAUCACAGAAAUCUGACCAGAACUGGACUUAGGAGACCAAGUGGGGGUAAGUCACUGUUAUUGGACUACAAUGCUGAUGGGGAUGUCAUACAACUUCAUGUCAAGAAAUCCCAACUAUCCCUUUAAGUUAC